GCCGCUCCCGGCCGGCUCUGAGGGUCGCGGCGGGGAUGAGCCGCCCCCGCCGGCCGGUCCCGGUGCGGUGCGGUGCGGGCGGCAGCGGCCCGGUCCUCCAGGCUCCCAGCAUGCCCCGCUCUCCCGCCCGCCUCUCCGGUCGGGGCACAUGCUCGGUGCGUGGGGCCGGCCCGGUUUCCUCCCGGCCUCGUCAGCAGCGUGGGGUCUCCCGGUAUCCCCGGCACAGCCGACAUGGCCCCUCCGACAGGGAAUGUCGUGGACAGCCAGGCCCCGCGUCCCUUGGCCAGCCAGCUGCGCUGGGACCUGACGGCCGAGCAGAUCGAGGCCAUGGCGGCCGAGCUGACCGAGAGCACCAAGCUCGUGUACGACCGCGUGGGAGCCCAGGAGCGCGGCGAGGUCUCGUACGAGAACACCCUGAAGGCUCUGGCCGACGUGGAGGUGGAAUACACAGUCCGUAGGAACAUGCUGGACUUCCCCCAGCACGUGUCCCCCUGCAAGGCCAUCCGCGCCGCCAGCACCGAGGCCGACAAGAAGCUCUCGGAGUUUGACGUGGAGAUGAGCAUGAGGCAGGACGUGUACCAGAGGAUUGUGUGGCUCCAGGAGAAAGCAGAGAGUGCUUCCCUGAAGCCUGAGGCAAAGAGGUACCUGGAGAGGCUGAUCAAGCUGGGGAAGAGGAACGGGCUCCACCUCCCCGAGGAGACACAGGAGAAAAUCAAAGCUAUCAAGAAGAAGCUGAGCGUGCUGUGCAUCGACUUCAACAAGAACCUCAACGAGGACACCACCUUCCUGCCCUUCUCCAGGGAGGAGCUGGGGGGGCUCCCUGAGGAUUUCCUGAACUCCCUGGAGAAGACAGAGGAUGGGAAGCUGAAGGUCACCCUCAAGUACCCACACUACUUCCCCCUGCUGAAGAAGUGCUACGUGCCCGAGACCAGGAGGAAGGUGGAGGAGAUGUUCAACUCCAGGUGCAAAGAGGAGAACUGCCUGAUCCUGAAGGAGCUGGUGGACCUGAGGGCUCAGAAGGCCAAUCUGCUGGGCUUCAGCACCCACGCUGACUUUGUGCUGGAGAUGAACAUGGCCAAGAGCAGCCAGACGGUGGCCACGUUCCUGGAUGAGCUGGCCCAGAAGCUGAAGCCCCUGGGGGAGAAGGAGCGGGCUGUGAUCCUGGACCUGAAGAAGAAGGAGUGCGAGAAGCGCGGGCUGGACUUCGACAACCGCAUCAACGCCUGGGACAUGCGCUACUACAUGAACCAGGUGGAGGAGACCAAGUACAGCGUGGACCAGAACCUGCUCAAGGAGUAUUUCCCCAUGCAGGUGGUCACCACGGGCCUCCUGGCCAUCUACCAGGAGCUGCUGGGCCUCACCUUCCACCUGGAGGAGAAGGCUCAGGUGUGGCACGAGGACGUGCAGCUCUACACCGUGAAGGACGCGUCCUCCGGCGAGACCAUCGGCAAGUUCUACCUGGACCUGUACCCACGGGAAGGGAAGUACGGCCAUGCUGCCUGCUUUGGCCUCCAGCCCGGCUGCCUCCUGCCGGACUCCAGCCGCCAAAUCUCAGUGGCCGCCAUGGUGGCCAAUUUCACCAAGCCCACACCGGACGCCCCUUCCCUGCUGCAGCACGAUGAGGUGGAGACCUAUUUCCACGAAUUUGGGCACGUCAUGCACCAGCUGUGCUCUCAGGCGGAGUUUGCCAUGUUCAGCGGGACACACGUGGAGAGGGACUUUGUGGAGGCCCCGUCGCAGAUGUUGGAGAACUGGGUGUGGGAGAAGGAGCCUCUGCUGCGCAUGUCCAGGCACUACAAGACUGGGAGCCCCAUCCCGGAUGAGCUGCUGGAGAAACUCAUUAAAUCCCGGCAGGCAAACACAGGGCUCUUCAACCUGCGCCAGAUCGUCCUGGCCAAGGUGGACCAGGCUCUGCACACCCAGACCAAGGCUGACCCCGUGGAGGUGUUUGCCCAGCUCUGUGAAGAGGUGCUGGGUGUCCCUGCCACCCCAGGUACAAACAUGCCAGCCACCUUUGGCCACCUGGCUGGCGGCUAUGAUGCUCAGUACUACGGCUACCUCUGGAGCGAGGUGUACUCCAUGGACAUGUUCCACACCCGCUUCAAGCAGGAGGGAAUCAUGAACUGCAAGGUGGGCAUGGAUUACAGGAAGUGCAUCCUCCAUCCCGGUGGCUCCGUGGAUGCUUCAGACAUGCUGAGGAGGUUCCUGGGCAGGGAGCCCAAGCAGGACGCCUUCCUGGCCAGCAAGGGACUGAAGGUGGAGAGCAACUCGGUGCCUUCAGCCUGAGAGGUGCUGCAGGGCCCUGGCAAGGGGGAAAAUCUCCUGCCCAGCACCUGCCCUCGCCUGGUUCCUGUCACCAAACACCCCUGCCUGGAGCUGCCCCUCUGAGCCCCUCCUGAGGCUCUGUGGUGACACUAAGGUGACCUGCCCUUGUCACCCCAGGGUUUUGUGGGUCACCCCCAUCAAUUGGCUGAACUUUGAACCUGAUUUCUGCACAAGGGUGAGUUUUGGCCUCGUUUGGAGCCGGGGAGGAGGGGGAGAGGAGUUCCCAAACUUGAAUCUUUGUUUUUAAAUCCCUUCUCUUUUAAGAAGCCUCGUUGUUGUUGUUGUUGUUGUUGUUGCCACCUUGGCUUGGUUUGUGACACAGCUGUCACCAGGGCAGGGACAGCCCUGCUCUCCCCAUCUUUGGGCACCUCUUGGCUGUGCAGUAAAGAUGGGGAGAUCCCAGAGCUCCAAACCCACAGGGAAUGAACUGGAACAUCCUGCCCUGAACCCCUCAGGGACCUUCCUGCCUGGCAGGGGGACAGAGGUGGCCGGUGCAGGUGUUCCAGAACAGGGGGUUGGGGACCUCUGUGGCCUCUGUGUCCCAUCUCAGGGUCAUCCCAGGGGCUCAGGCUGUGGCAGCCGAGGGUGUUGCUGUUGCUGUCAGCUCCUGGGACAGGGCAGGGUUGUGUUUAUGACUGAAAACACGGAGCUGACAGCUUCAAACAACACAAAUGCCGGGAUAAAAAUAUCCAAAAUAUCCCCUGGGCUCCCUGCCAGGCCUUGAGCUGCCGGCCACAGGGAGGGGCAGCAGCCAGCCUGGGCUGUGCCACCUGCCCCAGGCUGUCCCCAGCGUGCCCCAAGCCAGCCUGGGCUGUGCCACCUGCCCCAGGCUGUCCCCAGAGUGCCCCAAGCCAGCCCAGGCUGUGCCCAGCGUGCCCCAGGCUGUCCCCAGCGUGCCCCAAGCCAGCCUGGGCUGUGCCACCUGCCCCAGGCUGUCCCCAGUGUGCCCCAAGCCAGCCUGGGCUGUGCCACCUGCCCCAGGCUGUCCCCAGCGUGCCCCAAGCCAGCCUGGGCUGUGCCACCUGCCCCAGGCUGUCCCCAGCGUGCCCCAAGCCAGCCUGGGCUGUGCCACCUGCCCCAGGCUGUCCCCAGUGUGCCCCAAGCCAGCCUGGGCUGUGCCACCUGCCCCAGGCUGUCCCCAGUGUGCCCCAAGCCAGCCUGGGCUGUCCCCAGCGUGCCCCAGGCUGUCCCCAGUGUGCCCCAAGCCAGCCUGGGCUGUGCCACCUGCCCCAGGCUGUCCCCAGCGUGCCCCAAGCCAGCCUGGGCUGUCCCCAGCGUGCCCCAGGCUGUCCCCAGUGUGCCCCAAGCCAGCCUGGGCUGUCCCCAGCGUGCCCCAGGACCCUGCGUGGCACAGGGUGUUGUGGCACAAGGUUCCUGCCCCUGUCUGGGGUGGCUUCCUUGGGGGCUGAGGAGCUUCAGGGUGACCUGGGAUUUGUGUCCCACCCCUCCCAGCCUCGGGUGCAUUGUGUGAGGCCAUCUGAGGGCUGUGGGAUCCAUCCCUGCCACUCUGCCAUGGUUUGGGGACACGAGUGACAGCUGAGUGCCCCAGCUCACUGCCACCAUCCACCACUGCAGGCUGUUCCCUGUCCUUUGUCACCAGCGCUGGGACAAGGCUCCCCCCAGUGCAGACAAAGUCGUUGCUGUCACCUCUGUCCCCCAGGCCCCGCUGGUGACACAGGAAGGUCGGUGACAACCCUGGUGACACCCCCUGGGCGGGUCCAGAAGCGGCUCCUUGGUGCUUGCUGGGGCCACCUCGAGCAUCUUGUCCUUGUCCCCUCCCCUCCGUGUUUUCUGGCCCUGGGUGUUUUUAGUGUCCUGUUUUACUGAGCUUUCAGCGUUUCCUCCGACUCUUCUCUCCAGAGAGAGAGAGAAGUGAAGCUGAACAGGGAAACCACGCACUUUCCUCCCUCUGUCCCCUCUCCUGUGUCCCCACUGCCCCUGGGGGUGACCUGGCACCUCUCCAGUCCCACACCAGGACAUGGAGCUGCACCUCCCCAUCCCCAUCCCCAUCCCAGGCUGGCAGGGAAGAGAGAGCUCCUUUUUAUUUUGGUGGUUUGGAUUUUGGGGGUUGUUUUAUUCCUGUUAACAGUUUUAAAAGGCAAACUGGUGUGUGUGUGUGAGUGUGAGUGUGUGUGAGUGUGCGCUGUCCGUACUGCUCACGUCCCACCCCCUGCUUGUUUCCAUGACUGGAUUUCUGGAUUUUAGACGGUUCCCAGCACUAAUAAAGGUUUUCCUCCGCA